GAACCUAGGGAUAAAGUGUUUUCUCUCAUACUUGUGUCUUGUCUCUGGAGUUCAAGUCGCUGUGUAGUUCUAGUCUGCGGGUUACGGGAACAGCUUAGGAAUCGUAUAUAGCGUUCAACCUACACGACUUAUCAGACAACUCAAUUGCUGAUUCAUUACAACAACUUAAAAGACCAGAAGAAGAUAUUGAUAUAAUAUAUUCUACUGAAAUUAUUGCACCACCAGCAAUUCCAACUAAAAUGUCAUCUGAUCCAAAUAAUCCUAUUUAUGUGAAUCAUUCAAUUAAACCAAAUAGACCACCGACUAUAGAUAGAAAAGAAACUGAUGUAAGUUAAAUCAUUUUGAACAAUAUAAAAUUACAUUAUACUCUUAUUUAUUUACUGUGUAUGUAUCAUUUCAAUAAGUGUAUAGCUUAUUAAAAGUAAUAUAUUAACCAUAAACAUCAAUUGGUCAAUACAUUUACAAAAAGAAGAGACUGAUAUGAACUGAGUUCAAAUCUCGCAGGGUGUAGGAUCAUGAAUGUUCACUGCUGAAGAGUCUCAUACUAGGACGAAAUAAUUGUUCAGUGUUUCAAGAUUUCCCAUGAUGAUCUAGCUUCAAAUAACUUAUUUUUUUCAUUUUUCUAAUCAUAUGAGAAAGUUAUUACUAAUGAAUUCUUUGAAUAUUCUACCCGUAAAGUGUAAUAUUCAAAUCUUGAAAGAUUAAUAUUCACUGUAAUAGAUACAUAUGAGUUUAUUCAUAAUAUUUCCGGUGAUAAAUGAAUGUGUUGUAUUCUGAAAGUUUGAUCAUUUUCAUAGUUAUUUCAUUUGAUAGAUGCUUGAUACACCAUAAUAUUGAAUUUUCGCUAGAGAUUUCAUUUUAUAAUGUAAACAUUCAGUAUAUUUAUGGGUGUUUUUCAUUUAGAUAUAUUAUAUUAACACGUUCAUAGUGAACGGUUAUGGUUGGCUGAGACAGAAAUUACCAUAAUAUAUAGCGUUUUUAGAUGAACUGAAUACAACAUAGAAAAUGUUGAGAAUAGCGAUGUUUCUGUGGGAAUAAAUCGAUUGAAUCGAUCGAAGGUACACAAUUAACUAGUAUCAGAAGGAGUUUUGUAGAAAUUGAGUCAAUUGAAGCCAGAUCACCAUGGAAAACCUGGAAGCACUGAAUAGGUAACUAAUUGUUGCUUACAGUUUCAAAAUAUCUUACAUAAACUAAAUAUUGAGAUGGUAGAGAAUAUUUGUAUCUCAGGUGGAUGAUUUUGAUGAAGUUUUGUUCUGUGAACUUGAUGGUUUGAUCGUGAAGCUUUCAUCGUUACUCUGAACGACAUCAUCAGCACAAACGUUAGGUAGAAGUGAAGUGUUUGAAUUUCUCCACAUAUGGCUCACAGCUUAUCCUGUACACCUCAAUAUUAAUUGGUUAUUGUUGACAUUUAACCUGUUACGGUUUGCUUCUUUAUUUUGAAUGUAUCUUGCAUUGAUUUGAUUUUUGGUCCUAUAUUUGUCAGUAGUUUUUGUGAAUGAUUGAUAAAGUUGAUCGUCUUCAAUGUGUUUGUUGAUUGACCUGAGUGCCAAGCUUUUAAAAAUUCUCUGUUUUUAGAACUGCAUCUAUUCAAGCUCUCAAAAUUUUCCGAGUCGACUUUGUGUUCGCAGUUGUCCACAUGCAUUGAUGUAAGCGAGGAUAUGUCAUUGCGUUUGACCGUUAACUAAUGUUCGUGUAUGCGAAGAUGAAAAGCGCGUCCGCUUUGUCAGAUGUAGUGUUUUUCGCACUCGGAACAAUUUAUUUUGUAUAUGAUAUUCGGUUUUUCUUUCUUUUUUCAUUUCAUCCUUUGGUUUGCAUAGGAUUGAUUGAAGUGAUUUUACUGGUUUGUAUGCUACAUCUAUUCUAAAAGGCUUCAACAAUCUCGUUGUAAUUUCUGAUAUCAUGAGAUGAUCACUUUGUUGGUUUCUGUGCUUGAUUUUGUUCCUGCCGCUGCGUUUGGUUGGUAUUUUUUGAUGAGGUUGAUUGAGUAGUCGUUCUUUUGAAAGAUAAUCUUCAGACAUUUUUCUUCACUUCUCCGCGCUGCAAGUGUGUUACACUGUGUCCUCGCCUUCUUGAACAAGGUUUGUAUGCAGUUGGUUUUGUGAGCUCUUGGGUUGUCGCUACUGUAAUUUAAAGUUUGAUCUGUGUUGGUCGGCUUCCAAUAUAUGUGAGCCUCCAGUUUUCCCGUGUCGGUUCUGAUAAUUAUUGCAUCUAAGAAUGGUAGUUUGUCGUUUGGCUCCUGUUCCAUUUUGAACUAGAUGUCAUCAAAGACGUUGUUCAUCAGAUUGUAGGUGUUUUCCAGCUCGUCUGUUUUCACGAUGACGAAUGUGUUGUUCACAUGAAGAAUCCAAAUUUUUUUGGUUUGAUCACUAGCAAAAUCGGGGCUUUCAGUCUCUGCAUCACUGCUUCUGCAAUAACUAGAUUGUUAAAAUAAAACCGGUAGAACGCAGUGGAGUUGACCAGCAUUGUUUCUUCCCGGUUUGAUAUGUGAACGUCUAUCAAACAGAUUUCGAAUGUUAUUCAGUGAUGAAAAUUAGGAGUAUAAAAAUUGAUUAUUCUGAUCGGAAAUCUCUGAAGAAAUAUGUAUAAAAUUUAUUUCUAUUUUCUGUCAUUCAUAUGGUUGUCUAAAAUUUCAACUGGAAUAGAGAAUGUUGCAGUUAGAUAUAUGAGAACUGUUACUUCUCAUCUGCAUACACUUUUUCCGUGGUACCUGUAAAACCAACCAUGUUAGUAGUGGUUCUGACGAUCACCUAACUUGACUGCAGUACUUAAAAGACAACUGCUUGAGGCUGGUUACAUACAGCCUUUUUACGAGUAGUUUUAUGUUGGUCAGUCCCAUACUCUAAAAGCUUCAGUGAAUACUACGAAACUCCAUGGUACAAAGUGAUAAGUGCUAUUUCUAACCCUCUUCUUUCAUUAUGGUAAGAAAACACCACUGAAGAAGUUAGUCAUCCGAGGGAAGCACUCUAUUAUAGUCACACUUUUGUACUGUCAGCAGUAUGACUUCUCUCUCUGGCUCUAAGUUUACUGCUUAUAGUCGCAUUUCGCUCCAACCAGUUUGCCUGGUAUAAUGAAGCUUAAAAGAACAAAUGUUCACUGAAUACAAUUUAGUCGGGUAAUUACAAAACUUAAACUCAACAAGGUAGUACUAUGAUCAGUACUGAAGUACAGAAGAGAAUAUCUGAGUGGUCUAUACUUAUGAUUAAACCUUUCCUGCAUCCUAAUACCACUUUUUCAUUGUAUACCUAAAUAUCAUACGGUUACAUAACCACAACUUAAAUAGGAAAGAUUUGCUUUUUCCUAUUAGAUUUAACAGUUUCCUUCAAUAUCUCAGUUCUACUUCAAAAUGAAAUCAAUAGAGGAUUACUGUUAGAAAUCUAAUCUUUGAUUAUUACAGUCUAAAAAGUAAUGGUUUCAAAUAUUCUAUUAUUGGUGAUGCAUGUGAUAAUUUAACAAUAAAAGUAAAUAAUUUUUAAUGUGAUUGUCGUCAUUAUUAUUUUUUAUUUAUUUGAACACAUAAAUAUUGGUACAAAGGGACACCAAAUACGUAUGCGCCACACAAAUCACUUGAUUUGUGUGUGGGAUGUGAUAGUGACCGUGUGCCCAGACCGAAACAUGUGGUUUUCUUAAGGGGCCAUACCCCGAGCCUUCGACCUAAAGGUCUGAUCCACAAGGCGGCGGAGCAACGUCAAAAGAUACAGUCUCAUGGUAGCCGAUGACCAAUAGUUGGUUUCUACUCCAUUAGUUUCCUUAGGAUCCUGGAGCCAACCCAUGUGGAUCAUUGGUUUGGAAUCAGGAUUUUCUAACUCCCUUAGAUGGAUCCUUCAUAUCCACCAACCCAAUUAAAGCGUGAGACAUUUGCUUCAUUAUAAAUUUGAUCAAUUUUAUUAAUGUAGUUCCGAAAAUUUAGUUUAAUCUAUUAAUGAUAAAUUUAAGCAAAUUAAAACAAAAUUUCUGUAUGACAAAUAGAAAAAUAUUCCAAUUUAUUUAGGAAAAUGAUAAGCAUGUUUAUGCAAACAGUCAAGAAUUACGAACUGCAUUAAAGGUUAGUAUUAUCUUUCUGAGAAUGUUUCACCCCUUCCCCCCUCCACCUCAAAAAAAUAGUUUUUUUUCUUUACUCUAUUUCUUCUUUUAUUCCCCUUUCCCACAUAAUUACUGAUUUCAAAUGCAUACCUAUACACAUUAAACACACAAAAUUUCAUGUGUAUGCAUGUGUGCAUAAUAUCUGUCAAGACAAAUUUACAAUGCAUAUUGAGAUUAAAAUGAGUUCCCUAACAAUGAUAUGAAGUGAAUGCACCAUGUUGCAUGUUUCUCUUCUUUUGAUCACUUGUGUUGUGUCACGAUUGUUAUAAUUCUGUGUGAUUUUCCUGUUUCAUGUUUACACUCACUAAUAAUAACACUUUUAUGCUCUUUAUCAAGAGUUUCAGUUAGUACAAGUAUUAUAUAUUAUAUAAGGAAAUUACUUUUCAUCAAACGACCCACCAAGCUAUCACAACGUAACCGUAACAAUGAACUAAAAUGAGACAUUUAAAUUGAUGGUUUGAAAAUAGUAGUUUGGUAGUUUGUGCAAAUUAUUUACCUUGAAGAAUACACUGAAAAGCUGUUUCGUCUUAGUCUGAGGCUCCUCUACAACGAAACUUUGUAAUAUCAACUUGGACCCAACCUAAGAUCUUUAAGUCUAUCAGUAACCACCAUUUUAUUGACCAACUUCAAGAGGAUUCUCUAACUACUGGAAAAAGAAAAUGAUGUCUCUUAUAGCAUUGAAAGAUGGUUUAUCUGCACAUAGAAUUCAUCAAAAAUGAAAAUAUAAACUUCUGUACUUUAUCUGUGUGACCGAAUGACGUCAUAAUUGCCAUUGUAUCUGUAUAUUUUAAGUUGAAUUUUACUUGUGGUCGUGGAUAAACACCGUUGAUUUGUGUCCCAAGACAGGACUAAACAGCCGUUCAGUGUACUACAGUUUUCUAAUGAUUCUGUAUGUUACUUAAGUUCGCUGUGAAAGCGACUUCAAUAUGUAAAUAGUCUAUUUUAAGGUGCUGUCUAAAGUGAGUGCAUUAACUAGAACUAAACUGUAUGUGCUUCAGAGAAGAAAUGAUGAUUUACAGUCAGUAAAAUGUUUCAUCAAACUUUAACUACUUAAUUUAUUUCAGUAGUUAAAAUGUUUUAAAAAGUUAGCCAAUGCAACAAGUUACAGUUUACUGUCAAUCAGAAUUAGCUAAUAAUGAAAUAUCGAUUUUAAAUCAUAGUAAAGCAAUAAUGUUGUUUUUUCUACCGGAAGCAAGUCCCCACAUCCCCUUUUAAAACUCUAAUACUACACUAUACAUUAAUCUAUGUACAUAAAUAAAUAAAUGUCCUUAUCGUAUAUUAGGCAAAGGAGUUUGCAGCGUCAGCUAUAGUCGACAGUGUGGUAUCCAACAGAGAAACUUAUUGGAAAGACGAAUUAAAUAGUCGAGAUACAACUAUUCAGCCAUUAAACAUGAAUUGUCAACAAUAUUAUUUAACAAGAAGUGAACACUCAACACCUAAUCUAUCGAUUAGAUCACAAAGUUACCCAACUAAUAAUUAUCAUGAACAAAAGAAGCUUUAUUUAACAUCAGAUUUUCUUUCUACCCAACAUCAGUUGUCAUCGCAAAAACCGACACGACCAAGUAAUCCACCACUUCUAUCCCCUAUGGAUCAUCACCAAAGACAAGAUAAAUUAGAUGAAAAAAAUCAGAUAGGUAUCCGCCGAUUGGAUUUAAUGAAUUCAAUAAAUCCCGGUGACAAAUUUACAGAUUAUGAUCAUGGACAUUUCAACGAUACUGUUGGAUAUUAUAACACAGAGCCAUUAUCAAUUCAAUAUCAACCAAAUCAUUCGUAUACAAUGAGAUCAGAGAGAAGAAUUGUAUCACCUGGAAGUUUGGAUAGAAGAUAUCCACAAGAAUAUGAUCAAUAUUAUUCAUCACCUGAAGCACGACGUGUACAAACAAUGAGAUAUACAGAUUAUCCAACAAGACCUCGUGUUUAUCAACCAACAUAUCAAGCCGCAACUAUGUCAUUUAAUGAAUUUGAUCAUCAUUAUAAUAAUGGUGGUACAUUGAAACCGCGUAAACCAAAAAUUAUUACAGAACGAUAUAAAUGUAGUGAAGUAUAUAAUUGGCCACCGAAAUUUCCAAAAUUAAAACGACAUAAAACUAAUCCACCAAAACAAAUACAUACUGCACAAGAUCAUAUUGUAAUUAAACAACAAUUAAAAACUACAGCAGGAAAUAAUUAUUCACCUACAGUUCAACAAACAGAACCAAAUACAGAACAAAUACAUUGUACUAAGAUAAACAAUCAAUAUCAAUCACCGAAUUACAAAAGAGAAAUAAGUGUUUCGCCAGAACGACAAGUAACUAGUCUUCAUUCAUUACAAAGAUCGACUCUGUUAGAAAAAUCUAACCGAACACCGGGCACAGAGACACGUGAUCAAUUAUUUAUAGCAGAUUACAAACUAACACCAAACAAUCAGAUUGGAUCCACAAAACCUGAUGCAUUAGCUUUACCAUAUUUUGCUAAAAUGACAGAAAAUAAACGAUUUUCAAAAUUCCACUAUAAUACUACCACUAGUACUACUACUACUAAUAAUAAUAAUAAUAAUAAUAACAAUAUUGCUAUGUCUGCUGAAGUAAUGCGUUCCGAUUCACCAAAAUCAUUAGCUUCAUUGAUAGAUGCAUUGAAAACUAUACAUCCAUUACUUUAUAACUUAAAUGAGAAUCAUAUCCCUUUAUCAUUAACCGAUCAUGAUAAUAAUGAAAACUCUAAAUUAUUCAUUCAUUGUUUAUCAGAAUAUUUAUUCACAUGUAUGAAAUUGCGUUCAUUAGAUUUAAAAGGUGAAUUUGUUACAUUCUUAUUUCCGUUAAAACAUUUCAAUGAACAAUUAUGGAAUAAAUAUGGUACAAUUGAUGAUUGGAAUGAAUUAUCUGUUGUUUGUGAACCGAAUACAAACUAUGAAUAUGUUGUAUUGAAUACAGCCAACGAAUCUUCACAAAAAAUCAGAUUUCCUAAAAAAACAAUCGAUAAACUAUUAACAAAUUGGUUAGAUAAUCAAACUACAAAAACACCUUCACCAGGAAAUCGACAUUCAUUGGAAAGCAAAAAUAAUACAGAGAAACAUUCAGAUGAUAAAUUACUUCAUUCAAUUAGUUUAGCUGUAACCUUGAAAACGUUGUUAAAUUUAUUUGAAAAACAUGAAAAAGUAGAAAGUGAUGAACAUCAUCCUCAUCAAGAACAACAAAAACAACAACCACAACCAUGUGUAGAUCUAUUUCUAACUUGUAUUAAACUUAAUGUACUACUAAGUUUAAGUGAAUGUUUAGAUAAAAAUAAAUCAAUCCAAUUUAACUUAAAACCGGAACAUAUUUUACUUAUAUUAACACCAUCUAAUUGUUUAACAAUUUUUAAACAUUAUGAAAAAAUACAAAAUAAUAAACAAAAUGAGAAACCAGCUAAUACUGAUGAUGAUAAUCAUAAUGAGACUCAUGAUCUACAAUCAUUAUUAAAAAUAAUGAAUAUUCAAUAUGAUUCAAUGAAUGAAAGUAUCAAUGAUUUAAUCAAACAAUUAUAUGAAAUUAUACAACAUAAAUAUCAAUAUUCCGAUAUGAUUACAUCAUUAUUGAAAUCAGUUGCACCACCAGAUUGGAUAACAAUGUGUGUAGCUAGAAUAUGUUUAUAUAAUCAAACAAAUUCAUAGAAAUUCAAUUCAAUGUUAAUGUCAUGAUUAUAUACUUUCUCAUAUUUAUAAUAAAUAAAUGAAUAUCCCUUAAACACACUUUCAUUCAUAU